AUGGAUGACCGGAGCAUGGCGGAAAUUCUCGCCACUCUCGAGCCGAGGGUAGUCUCCGUGCCCAGCGAUUCCGCGUUUUCCCCGCCCGCGUCAGCCGCUGUCCCUGCACUAUCAUCCGUGCCUCUGUCGAACCAGGGUGCUCUGCCAGGUCAUCCCAGCGAAUUGCACACAAUGAAGGUUGUGGGAAACGCAGGAGCCCAUCUUGACCAACUGGUGCAUUUUCUUGAGACAAGCAGAAACCCCAGCACGCAUCCUCCACAAGAAAUAAGUCGAACUCCUCCUCACGAUGUCCCCACAUUGAUGCUUGGUGGCUUCUCUCGCGCCGCUUCCACUCAUAUGCCACCUCUGGAAGUCGCUCCUGUGUGCUGUGAUCCAAAACCAUCGAACGCCGCAGUUUCAUCAGGAAACUGGGGAAGUAGAGAAACUGAAGCGCAUCUAGUUUCAACGUCUCCAGCGCGAGGAGGCCAGCUUGGGGUCCUGGACCCCGUCAUCUCUGGAUCCAGUUGCGAUCCCCCAUCUAGGUCUCCGAAAUUGACUUCUCCAGUUGGACUACAACGGUCCAUGGGCGUAGGUCCAUCUUCACGCGUAGAUGUUUCGAAGCACCUGAAUAGUACACAAGACAGCAAAAGACCAUCUCUGGAGUCAACGUUGAAGCCUGAACCAGUCCCGAAAUAUGGUAAACAAAACCUACAACCACAGCAAACUUCUACCCGUCUCAUUCAGGGAGGGCCUCGCAAAUCGAUUCCGUCCCAAUCGCGGAGGAUGAUGGUCCUGUUCUGCCAAUUUGCGGUUGCUACUCAGGAUAAAUUCAUGCAGGGUCAUCCCAUGAGAGCGCAAGCGAAAGAGAAGCUUCGCUAUGACCUGCACGAAUAUUUAACAUUGUGGAACACAAGAAAGAUGCGGGCGGGGAACGUGUUUGAGUUAGUCUCCGAAUCUGUUCGCAGCUGUUGCCCACAUGCCGCGAAGCUCGACCUCAUUACUAAGUUUAAGACAUGGUACAAAGCAUUACUGCAACAGAAGAAUGAAUCGACGGCGGGCACGGAUGCCAUAUUCGUACAACAGGAACAGGCGCCCCUCAUACCGAAGCAAACAAUGCAGGUAGUUCGAGAGAAACAUCUUGAUGUGCAAAGCACAACAGCCCCGAGACCAAUAGUAACUCCUGUGCAAUCCUGGCGUUCAGGGACAGGAACUCAGGAUCCCGAUCUUGGGUUACCCCUAAAACUCCCAGUAAACGCUAAGAGAGAUGGGAACGCGCUAAACCUGGCAGCUUCCAGUCCAGGGGAUCCAUACCCACACUUCGCGGAUGGAACUCAUUUGCAAGGUAGUUUGAGAAAUAUACAAUCAGGUAGGAACAAUCUCUCGUGGAGUGAACAGGCUCUUGCAAGAAAAGCGACUCGAGCAGAGAUCUUCGCGGACAAAAAGGAUGAAGAACGAAAAGCAUCUCAUUCACAGUUUGCGCCGGCGAUGAACCAGACUUCUGUAAGUGUCCCACCUCCCCCGACUAGUGAGAAAGAGCUUAUCGAUGUGCAUGGUAUCGGCUCAGGGCUUGAAAAUAUUGCCCAUCUGCAGAGUCUGUAUCCAUCUUCGAUACCGGAAAAGACAUGCCGAGUCGAUUCGAAGGAUCUGCGAAAAGCUCCUACAAAUUCUAAUGAAGGGAAGCUGCCUCUUCGUCCUAUGGCUUUCAGAACUGUACACAAUAGCUUCGAGGAAACGUCCUGCACAGAGCAAAAACGUCAUACCUCAGAAUUGGAAUCGCACCAUGCGGAAGGUCAGUUUAGACCGCUUUUGACAGAUAGAAAGAGAUUGUUAGACAAUAGUGGAGCCUCAGAUGGCAUUGGUCCCACAAAACGAACGAAGAAAAGCUCGAAAACGAUCAGAGAGGGUACGAGAGCGGGAAAACGUUCUACGCCUCUGUCAAAGAAUGGAAGUGGAUGUUCGACUUUACCGAUGUCGGCUCAAGGUAUGCCCAGGAAAGGACAAACAACAGCAAAGAACGGGAAAGCACGGUUUGUAUUUGGAACCAGCAAUAGGAACGCCGAUACUUCAGCAAUAACUAACAUUCAAAUCAGAUCAAACAGUCAUGCGAAGGCAGCGAGGGGUGUUGCUGACGACCUUGCUCUUCUGGGAAAUGUUGUCGACUUGGAUUACGAGGAAAGCUUUCUUGCUCAUGAUGAAAAAACAGCUGGUGAUGGGGACAUGGAGGCUGUUGGCUACAAUGACGGCCUUCUGCUGACGGCAAACGCGUUAGGUAAAAGGAUAAAAGCAGCUGCUAGGCGCAACCAUUUGAAAGAAAGUGUCUCAAGAGACGCAAUGGAGAUAAUUUCACUAGCUGUGUGUGAGCGACUGAAGAGCAUUUUAGAAUCUUUAAAAGUAGCUUCUUCGGUUCGUGUCGAUGCCGACAAGGAUCUGUGGACCACGGCAGUGCCCGAUGAAACUGUUCGCGAGAAGUUGGGACGCUUGUUUGAAGAAGAGGAGCGGUCUCUGGAUGAGAAAGCGAAGCUUCGCUUAAAGAAAAAGAAGGAAUUAGCGGAUAUUGAGGCGAUGAGGGUCUCCAAGAUGGUUAUAGGAGAAGAAAACGACAAGACACCCCGACUUGUGGCCUCUAAGGCCGGGCGAAAAGCAAGAAUUGCCCGCGAAAAGAGUCUAGAAACAAGCAACAAUCACAAGAAGGCGCUUUCUGGUGUAUUAGCUGGAAUUCAGAAGAUGCGUCGAAAGGCAAAUUUUGAGAAACCUCUAGGUAGCUCAAAAGCGUUGCUUCCGUUAAUCAAAGGAUCUGGAAAGCUACAAAACAUCACUUCCAUACUGCCGCCUCUCCCGACAAGGAAUGUUUCCGGUGGGAUAAUUCAGCGACGCACGGAUGAAUUAGACAGAACUGACAGGAAGCACGAAGGGUUACUGAAGAUGGGGGGACCCGAGACAACUAAUAGAUCACAUCUACCUAAAGGGAUAGUUGCGGUAAGAAGGAAGAAAAGAAAGUACGGUCUUACGCUGAAGGAUUGCCUUUUCUUGAUGGAGUCAGAACAAACCACUAGAAGGAGUUAUGCUUUGUAUAAAUGGUACGGACGAUUAGAUGCAUCCCGUUGAUGCAGUGAAAGGGACGUAAUGCGUAAUCAUCGUACCUCAGCUCUCAUCUGGGCUGAGCAGGAAAGCAAUAUUGGGAUGUCCAUGACGACUAGUCUAGCUUCGAGUGCGCAAACACACCAGUAAAGCACGAGAAGGCUGCAUUUUACGUGUC